AAGCACAAAAGAGAGUAACUAAGCAUAGUGUUUGAAACAAUAUAAUGGCUGCAGCUAAUAGGGUGACUGCUAUUUCAAGCAAUGUGAGGCAUAUACACACUUUCAAGCCAAGCAUGUGGGGUCACAUUUUCUCAACUUUUUCUUUCGAUAAUCAGGUGCAGGAGAAGUAUACUAAGGAAAUGGAAGCAUUGAAGAAUGAAAUAAGAAGAAUGCUAAUGGCUGCCAAUUCUACCAAGCUCAUGAUAUUGAUCGACAAGCUUGAGCGUUUGGGAAUCGCAUAUCACUUUGAGUUAGAAGUCGAGGAGAAACUCAAACAAAUUUAUGAUUUUGCAGAGGAAGAAUAUUAUGGCGACUUGUUAAGUACUUCACUUCGAUUUCGUUUGCUCAGGCAACAUCAGUUUCAUGUAUCUUGCAAUGUUUUUGAGAAAUUUGUUGAAGAAGACAAGAAAUUGAAAGAAAGCCUUUGUAACGAUGUUGAGGGGCUGUUAAGUUUGUAUGAAGCAGCUCAUGUGAGGAUUCACGGCGAAAAUAUUUUAGAUGAAGCAGUAGAAUUUACAGUUGAUCACUUGAAUCGUAUGGUACCAGAAUUAAAGUCUCCCAUCAAAGAGAAAGUGCAGCAAGCUCUUCAACUCUCCAUUCAUAGGGGUGUUCCCAUCUUGACCGUCCGUUUUUACAUUUCCAUCUAUGAAUCAAUGGAUGAUGAUCAGCUGCUUCUGAAACUAGCAAAAAUCAACUUCAACUUCUUGCAGAACAUGUACAGAAAAGAACUCUCCGAACUUUCAAGGUGGUGGAAUAAAUUUGAUCUUAAGUCGAAAUUACCAUUUGUAAGAGAUAGAGUAGUAGAGUGUUAUCUUUUGGGAACAGCAUAUGGUUAUGAGCCUCAAUACGCCCAUGUUCGACGAGAUGUUGCCAAAAGUGUACUAAUGGUUACAGUUAUGGAUGAUAUGUAUGACAAUUAUGCUACACUUGAAGAAGCUCAACUUUUUACUCACAUUUUGGACAGGUGGGAUAUGGAGGAGAUAGAUGUACUCCCUGAAUACAUGCGAAUUGCAUAUAGAUUUAUUAUGAGCAUCUUCCAGGAAUACGAACAUGAAGCAACAAAACAAGAUAAACUAUUUGCGGUUCCUUAUUUCAAAGAAACAGUGAAACAACUUGGUAGAGCUUACAACCAAGAGCUGAAGUGGGUCAUGGAAGGGGAAAUGCCUUGUUAUGAAGAAUAUAUGCGGAAUUCAGUGAUUACAAGUUGUGUUUAUGUGAUGUUCACAGCUUUUAUCCCCACGAUGAAAUCUUUUAAUGAAGAAACAAUUCAAUGGCUGCUCAGUGCCCCCAAAAUCGUAACUUCCACUGCUAAGUUAGGAAGGCAAUUGCAGGACUUGGCCAGCCAUGAACGCGAGAACAAGAAGGGAGAAUUGCCUACAGUGGUGGAUUGCUAUAUGAAAGAUAAAAGCGCAUCAAAGCAAGAUGCACUUUCCAAAUUUGUGGAAUUGAUUGAGAAUGGAUGGAAGGAUGUGAACGAAGAAUUGGUGAAGGUAAAUUAUGUGCCCAAAAAAGUGGUGGAGCAAGUUCUAUGCUUUGGUGGGAUAGCAGAGGUGCUUUAUAAGGACAAAGAGGAUGGCUUUACCUAUCCGGAAAGGCAAUUAGCAUCACGCAUUGCUGCUCUCUAUAUAGAUCCUCUGCUCAUUUAAUCUUUCGAGUUUAAGUUCAACAAAACAACUAUCUUUUUCACCAAUGUUUUAGUUGGAUUUUUGUUUAAUUAUUUGGUUACUUGUUUU